UGUACUUGAGGAGUGCUGUGAUCCUUUCGUCGUCUCUCGAGCAGAUCCAGAACCAGCCAGCGAGGGUACAAGAUGCGUCCAAAGAUUGUGCUGUUUGGGGAUUCCAUCACUGAGGGGUCCUUCGGAGAGGGUGGCUGGGGCGCCGCCCUUGCCCACCACUUCGCCCGUUGGGCGGACGUGUUGCUGCGAGGGUACAGCGGCUACAACACGCGAUGGGCGCUCAAGGUGGUGGAGCGGGCAAUGGAGGGUGUGUGCCCCGAUGGCUCUGCCCCGCCGGCAGCGGUCACCGUCUUCUUUGGAGCCAACGAUGCGUCGCUUCCUGACCGACGCAGCGGCUUCCAACACGUGCCGCUUCUGGAGUACCAGAGCAACCUACGAGCGCUCUGCGGGUUCCUCAAGGAGAGAUGGCCAAGAACUGGAAUAAUUCUUAUCACACCACCCCCAAUUGAUGAAGAGGGGCGUCUCCAGGACACUGGAGACAGUUCUGGGCUUCCUGAGAGAACCAAUGAGUCUGCUGGUGCUUAUGCAAAGGGGUGUAAAGCUGUCGCUGAAGAGUUAGGCCUCCCCGUCAUAGAUAUUUGGUCAAUUAUGCAGGGAUGCCCAAACUGGGAGAAGUCUUGCUUAAGUGAUGGCUUGCAUUUUACUCCUUACGGCAACAAAGUGUUGUAUGAGGAGGUUGUCAAGAAGCUUAGAGAUGGAGGGCUGAGCAUCGGGACCCUCCCUGCUGAUCUACCACUCUUUUCUAGCAUCGACCCGAACGAUCCUUUGAAGUCGUUUUCCAACUGAAUAACGCAAGGAUCUGCCCAAUAUUGAGUUCAUGACAAAGCACCCCGGGCUCAAGUAGUUGGGACAGUUGUUGCUAAAGAUAUUCAUCUGUUGAUUUUACAGGGUGUCUCUUAGUUAUUUGCUUUUAGAAUUAAGAAUUUCAGAGUGAGAACUUGGUCAAGAAACUAGUUUGGUUAACACAUUUCUUGCUUAAUGGUAGACAUCUAAGUGUAUCACCUGGCUCACACAGGAGAUUGUUCUUUGUUGAUUGGAUGUGUGUUUGUGAUAUCAUAAUAUUUAGCUGGAUUUAUGUCA